AUCGAUGAUGCGAUUUUAAACCAGAGACUCCGACUCAGAAUUCAUAUAAAAGACUUCUGUAGCAAACAAUUGCUUUCAGUUAAAUACUAAAAGCGUUUGACGAAUAAACGGUGGGAGAUCUUGUCUUAAUACGCAAUCAAAUCCAAUCAAAACAAAGUAAACAAUGUCGGCUUUAUCUUGGAAGUUUGUGACGGUUAUAUUGUGUGCGUAUAUUAUUGUGGCAUAUGCGCGGCCUCAAGCUCCUGAACAACCUGAACCGUAUGAAUAUCAAUAUGAAGUCAAAGAUCCCGAAAAGGAAUUAUUUUUCAAUAAAAAUGAAGCUGGAGAUGCUCAGGGCAAGGUAUCUGGUGAAUAUUCCGUUUGGUUACCCGAUGGCAGAUUAAUGACCGUGGCUUAUACCGUAGAAGGUGAAAAUGGUUUUGUGCCAAAGAUUACCUUUGACACCAACAAUCCAUUGGGUUAAACAACAAAGCAACAACACUGAAUCAGGUAGCAACAACAACAAAAAAUUACAAAAGAAAAUUCAAUGAAAACCAUAAAUUUCAACAAAAAAAAUCUUGCAAAAAAAUCAUUUUACAAAAUAAAGAUGAAAACACCUACCACAAGAUCCUCCUUAUUAUUUUAUCUUUUUUUAAACAAUUAAUUAACAAAUAAAUAAAUCAACAACACACACUCUUUAAUAAUAAACAUUUCUCUCUACUUUUUGGCUGAUAAACAAAACAAAUAUUUAGCGUAAAAUUUCUUUAAACAUUUUUUUCGGUUGAAGUAUGUUUUUUUGCCUUUUUAACAAACCACAAAAAUAAAAAAACUAGAUUAAUUACAAUUUAUCCAUUCAUUUGUGUAUAUUUGUAUAUUUAAACAGAUACUCAAUAUUAUAUUAGUAUGUAAGCUGUUUAUUUUUUUGUUUUUUAUUAAAUAUUUUAUUUGUAUUAACUAUUAUUAUUAUUAGUAAUAAUUGUUAAUAAGUCUAUUUCAAUUGUAUUGUAUUGUAUUUACUCCUACUUUAUAAAGUCAUAAAUAAAAAAUAAAACAAAAAAUAAAAUAAAUUUAACAAGAAAAGAAAAGUAUGUGUAUCAUCAAAUCCAACAUCAAACCAUCAGACAGACCAGCAGACCAACCAACAACCGAUCGAUCAACUUCUUUGUCGUCUUCUUUGCUUUUUUUACCUAUACUACACCUAUGUACUUAUGUACUUAUAUAUUUUCUGAAAUUAUUUUGUUUAUAUUAAAUUGUAUUGUAUAUUAUUAUUAUUGUAUCGUAUUGUAUAUUCUCAAAUAUUUACUCAAAUAUUUAUUUUUAUUUUUCUGGUAUUUAAAAAAGAAUAAUAAUAAAAUAAAUAGUUAAAAAAGCGACAA